AUGGCCCCAGGUGUAAGCGCAGAAAACAGGCGAACCCGAGAAGGAGCAGCGUUGGAUGGAGAUAGAGCUGCUGUCUCUCUGUUUUCCCUCUCCCACCAUGCAGGAUGGAUGUGACAAACUUCAACAAUGGCUUGGAGGCCAGUUCAGACUCCGAUGAUGAGGACAAGCUACACAUUGUGGAGGAGGACAGCCUGCAGGAGCCUGAGGUCGCCGAUGCUGAUAGGACCACACCGCAGGACAGCCAUGAUGCCACCACGACAGUAUUACCCCAGAACGGCUCCUGGAAUGGAGUGAAGGAGGAGUGUGCGUCAGAAGAGGAAGAUGAGGCAGCGAAGGACGCUCUAGUGGAGGAGAUUCUCCAGCAGGGAGACACAACCAUCAUCUAUCCUGAAGCCCCCGAGGACGAGCAGAGUCCGGCGGAGACAGGAGGUGCUGAUGAAAACGGCACGCCAGAUUCCUUCUCCCAGUUGCACACGUGCCCCUACUGCUCCCGAGGCUACAAACGCAACGCCUCGCUGAAGGAGCACAUCAAGUAUCGCCACGAGACCAGCGAGGACAACUACAGCUGCUCACACUGCAGCUACACCUUCACCUACCGCUCGCAGCUGGAGAGGCACAUGAGCCACCACAGGGGCACCAGGGAGCAGGUUCACGUUUCCCAGUCGACAGGAGGAUCAGGAGGAACAGGAGGAAACCGCAAGUUCAAGUGUACCGAAUGUUCCAAGGCCUUCAAAUACAAGCACCACCUGAAGGAGCACCUGCGCAUUCACAGCGGUGAGAAACCAUAUGAAUGCUCAAACUGCAAGAAGCGGUUCUCCCACUCGGGCUCCUACAGCUCCCACAUCAGUAGUAAGAAGUGUGUGGGUGCAGCACCCCCAAAUGGCGUCGCACGGACGUCGAUCAAGUCCCCACCACCCACCACCCAGACCACACCUGUCGUGAUUGCCCCAGCCCGCGUGAUUCUUAAAGAGAAGACUGAAAGUAAACCCCUCCAGGAGCAGCUCCCCGUCACCCAGAUCAAAUCUGAACCCGUGGAGUACGAGUGUAAACCUGUGACGGCAGCACCAGCAACGUCGGCUGGUACCAAUGGGGUGGUGAACGGAGGGACUGCUCAGCCAGCUGUGGUCCCAGCUGCAACCCUGCCUCAGGGUGUGGCUAUGGUCGUGCCCACAGUGGGCCUGAUGUCGCCCAUCAGCAUCAAUCUGAAUGACUUGCAGAACGUGCUCAAGGUCGCGAUGGACGGAAAUGUGCUCAGGCAGGUGCUGGGUUCAGCCAACGGGGUGGUGACGCAGGGGAAGCAGGGGAUCGUAGUCCAGCAGCCACAGCAGCAGAUCAUCAGCCUGCCGGCUUUCGUGGAUCACGACGGCACCACGAAGAUCAUCAUCAACUACAGCAUCAGCCCUGCAGCCGCCACCACUGCCACUACCCAGCCUGCAUCGCUUGUUGUCAAAAACAACGCCCCCGCUCCCGCUGUGACUAGCGCUGCAGCAGCACCUACCCCCACCAAAACAGAUAAAUCCCCAACGCCAGAGGUGGCCGACCUCACCAUCGUCAAGGCAGAGCCAGAGUCAGUGCCCGUCACGGACGUGGAGGCAGAGGCAGCCACAAAGACAGAAAUGGAAACUGUUAAAACUUCAGAUGUAGCUCAGAUGCCAAAAGCCAACAGCACCAGUGCAUGUUUACUAUGUGAUGACUGUCCCGACAACCUGGAGGCAUUGCACCUCCUCCAGCAUCGUAAAGCGGCCAAUGGGGAAGCUGUUGAUUCUGCUGCCCUGGACCCCUCAUUUGCCGCUUUGCUGAGUGAGGCAGGAGUGACGCUGGAGGAGCCGCCCGUGGACGACCUCCUCUCACUCCUUAAGACCUACUUCGCCUCAAAUGCCAAUCCCAGCGAGGAAGAGCUGACAAAGAUCUCAGAGUCUGUUAGUAUUCCCGUGGAUGUGGUCAGAAAGUGGUUUGCCAAGAUGAACUCUGGGAAAAAUGUGCGCAAAAACCGCAGUGACACUACGGCGGUUUCCAAAAAGACUGAAACCACAAAUUCCAGCUCAGAGGACACGUCGAAUCAGAACGGAGAGGAAGAAGACGACACCACCCAGGAAACCACCAACAAAGUCUCAUCAGAAUCUGGAAGCACUUCUCCGUCGGACUCCACAUCACUAAACCUCAACACCGGGGACCUUGUCAUUGUUAAAAGCGAGCCAGAAGACCCAGAGGCCACGGACUCCCAGGCAGAGCCCCUGGACCUCUCCCUUCCUAAACAUAUCGCUGCAGCAUUGGAAACCAAACUGACCACGCCUCCCGCAAAGCAGCAGGAGCAGCCUCUGAACCUGACCUGCCUGAGGAAGGAGCAGCUGGAGGGUCAAACAAUCUACGUCACCACACCUCAGACCGGAAGACCUGUCAACAUCGUCACUGCCGCGCAGCUGCCCACACUAGUGGCCAUUGCUGGUCAGGGCACAGUGGGCUGUCUCAGCGCCAUCAACACCACAACGAAGCGGACCAUCCUCAUCCCCCAGCUCACAUACACCUACGCCACUACGGCCGGCAACGCCUCUGGAGCAAAGACUGUCGUACUCAACGGCCAUAAGCAGGAGAAACGCGUGGACAGCAGCUCAGAUGCCGUGUCCGCAGUGGAGGAGCAGAACGACUCAGACUCAGCCGGGCUGAUGAAGAAGCGACGCCUGGAAAACGGCGUCUACCCCUGCGAUCUUUGCUCCAAGGUCUUCCAGAAGGGCAGCUCCCUGCUCAGGCACAAAUACGAACACACAGGAAAACGGCCUCAUGAGUGCAACGUCUGCAAGAAGGCUUUCAAACACAAGCACCACCUGAUCGAACACUCGAGGCUGCACUCCGGUGAGAAACCCUACCAGUGCGACAAGUGCGGGAAGCGUUUCUCUCACUCCGGCUCGUAUUCCCAGCACAUGAACCACCGCUACUCCUACUGCAAGAAGGACGGCUCAAACUCGGGCUCGGGCUCUGGUUCGGGGCCGCGCAGGGUUCAGUCGGAGCUCGGCAGCCCCGGCGCCGGGCCGCAGUCGGACAGCCGGACCACCACCCCGCCCUCCCAACUCGACUCGGACGAGAGGGAGAGUGAGGAAGAGGAGGACGAAGACGACGAGGCCAUGUGCAUGGACGACAUCCGGGUCGUGCAGGUGGACGACGGCGAGUGCGAGAUCUACGAGGGUAACUUCGAUGACGAUGAGGAGGACGGAGAGGAGAUGGCAGAGGAAGAGACGACAAGAGAAGGAGUGGCGGGAGGGGAAAAGACGGAGAGGGAGUUUGCGUGUGAUGUGGUGGAGAUCGAGCUGGCGGACGAUCGCGUGGAAGACGAAGAGAUGGAGGAAAGAACCGAAGACAAGCAGGAAGCAGCAGGUGUGGAAACAGAGGAAAUGGCAGACUGUGAAGCAAAUACGGACAAAAGCAUCAGGGAGGGGUCAGACAGCAGCGAACCCACAGAGGAAGUGGUGACAAACGCCAAAUAAAGGAAGGAAAAUCUAUUCGGGACAGUUCGAAUGUGUCAGUCAUUAAAGUCGAGUUAAUUAAGACAAAAGUCGCAUUUUGCCAUCGGAAGAAAGUCACGGCGGUUGCCUGAUUUAACGGUCCACUACUGUGUACAAAAACCCAGGUGUGCCUGAACUUGAAAAAAGAAAAAAACAAAACAAAAACAGUGACUUUUUUUUUCUUGUGAAAAUUAAAUAUCAGUGUUAAAAUUGUUUAUAGAAGUACAGAUUUUAAAGCAAAACUCACCCAUCAACUUGUUAGACUUGUUACUGAGACAUCCCAGGUUGUUUUGUUUUGUUUGUUUUUAUUUGGUCGAUGUUACUAAUCUUGUUCUUGUCUGAAACAUUUUAACCUGUAAAGAUGAGAAAGAUUUCUAUACCUUUUUAUUGCCAAUGAAGUUUCCUAAAUCAGUAUUUUAUUGAGUUCUACGAACAAAAACCUCUGCACUACAGUAUUCCUGGUUUACCUAUGGAUACAUGCCUCAUGCAUUGUAUGCCCUUCAGUGUUAUAUGUGUGUACACUAGCUAGCAAGAUGUUGUUUGUGUUAGUGUUAGUCUCUGCUAGCUAGCAUUUCUUUUGUUUUCAGUUUGACUGUUAGCCUUAAGGAAAACAAAGUAUUCUUGGGGAGGGUUGUGGGGUGGGAUGGGGAGUCCGGGAAGAGAACGUGGCUUCUGUACGCCAUAACCAAAUUUGUCCUAUCAGGGAAGGUAGAGUCACAACCUCAAAGCCAGCAUCGGGCACCUGUGUUUUGCGACCCGGUGCGGCCCCAGCGGGCGUGGGUCACUUUAAGUGAAGAUUCAAAAGCAGACUCCGCCCGCCCGGCUUUAGCCGUCGUUCCAAAACACACGCGCCAGUUCUUACCAAGCUUCUCCUUAUUUUGGCUUUAGUUCUCAGUCCGUGUUUCAGUGUUAUUAGCUUAUAUAUGAAGUCAUACUGUACGUGAAGGAUCGGGGCUGUUUCCUGCUCCACCCCAAUGCCUCCAGCCUUAUGCAAGACCUGUGUGCUGUUAAAAGUGCCAUUGAACAGUGUUAUCAUUUCUUCUUCACACAUGUAGCCAGUAUUAUGUCCCUCUGUUACUUAAACAAGACCCAUAUUGACUAAUGUUUGUUGUCUUGCACAGAACAGCAAAUUUGCGUCGCAGUAAUUGAAAGAUAGUCCAUGUGAAAUUCAUGCAAAUAUUUUGAGGCCUUGAACAGUAUUUGAACCACACAUGAAAAGCCGGGAAACAUAGUAUUAGGGCUGCAACUAAGUUAUUUUUUUAUCAUCAGUUAAUCUGCCUAUUAUUUCUGCUUAAUAACCGAUGCAUUGUUUUGUUUACAAAAUGUGAGAAACUAACGACUUGUUUUUUUUUUUCUCUGACCAACAGUCCACAACCCAAAGAUUUUGAACCUUACAGUGAGAUAAAACAGAGAAAAGCAUCAACUUGGACAAGCCGGAGGGUCAGAGAAUGGUCAGAUUUUUGGGGCAAAAAAAACCAAAACUAAAACUGUUUUUUCCUAGUGAGCAGCAAAUCCUGACCUUGAAGGUAACAAAACGACCAAUCAGUUAUCAAAAUAGCCGCGGAUUAUUUUCCUGUCAGUCAACUAAUUCACUAAUUGUUUCAGCUCUACAUAGUAUAUCUAUGUAACGUGAUACUUUUGAUCCUUAAACCAAUUAGUGCAUUAUUUGUUAGACUUGACUACUCGGCAAAAUAAGAAAUCGGUUUCAGUUAGUUGAAAGUCCUUGUUGGCCAACAGUGACACAAAUCUUCAAAUCCCAGUUACAAGGUAAAAGGAUUUGAGCAAGAAAAAUGUGUGGGAACUCUGUCGGACACCAGGAAUCAGAAAUUACAGGCCAGACUGAGCUGACUGUGGAUGUAAAAUGCCUUUUAACCUGGAGAUAAUCGGUGUCCCGCUGAUGUUAAAAGUUUUUAAAAAUUAAUACGUCGGGCUUUACAUCGCAAGUCAAAGUUUUAAAAAUGUUUACAGAAGUGCUUAAAAAACAGGAAAUGCUCUGCUAAUGCAGACUCAAAUAUCUGAAGCUGACACGCCCCUGAGCUCGUCCUGGCUCGGUAGGAAAUAAAAAAAACACAGAGCCGAAAUCGGUUUAGGGGGAAGGGGAGACUGACGGAUUUUUCAGUAAACAGGUAAAUUUUGGUCGACAUGCACUUGUUUUUAGCAGAAUAUAGAAAAGAAAAAAAAAAAAGUGUUGCAAGCUGUCCCGCACUUCAGGUAACAAACGUUAGUGAAUGUGGUCUCUGUCGAAGUGUUUUCAGUUGGUUUUACCGAACAGUGUUUAUAGUAUUAGUCUGUUUUAAUUUUUUGUUUUUAUGUGUGUCUUCUGUAUGUUUUUUUUUUUUUUUCCCCCAACAAUGGCAGUAUUAGAACCCUUUUCACAGAUUAAAAAAAUGUACCUGUUUAGUUUUUAGAAGACUUUUUUAUAUUUAUGUGUCU